CGCUGUCGCACACACGGAUUACUGAGCUGCGAGUCCCCGGUGUUUUCGGACAAUUUUCAAGUAGUGUGCAUCGAACCCAAGUUAGUGGAAACAGGCUAUGUAAUUGAUAUAUUCAUUGUAAACUACAACAACACGGGAGAAUGGGGAAAAAAAGUACGUAAACAGUGAGGCAGCGAGAGAGUGACUGCAACUUUGACGCUAGCUAGCCCUGCUAGCAUCAGGAAUCAAUUAACCUGCAUCUGCUCCAGCCAUGUUAACGUUAGCCAAUUAGUUAGUGAGCACCCAUGAGUCUGGUCUUCAGUAACGUUAUAGAGGAAAAAACACACAAACAAACACCUGAUUUAAGUUUAUUAUUAUGUAGAAGCCUAGCUGGAGAGGAAACCUAAAAGGAGAGGUUUGCCAGGAACACACAAGGGCAAGAACAGGGAAACAAAAACAGGAUGGCUCUCAGGCCGACAUGGAACAUUCUGGAGCAGAAGGGCGUUGACAGAGAAAGUCAGUGACAGUGUGACAGGAGGAAACCGUGUUCUUCCACUGUGUUCCAUCUCUGUUGUUCCUGCUCAAAAAGAGGCUGGCAAUAGAUCCACCAAAGAAGAACUGUGCAGUCUCUGAACAGCCUGAAUGACCAGAUUGCAAGCAUCAUGGUGACUGGACCCAAGCCCCUGGAGCAGGAGCAGCCUGUCUUUCCUCCCCCUGAGAAGGAGCCACUGCAGAAGUCCAUGACCCUGAUGAGGCACCUCCUCGUGGAUGCACAGGCAAAAAUCCUGAAAAUGAUGGAUGACAACAAGCAGUUGGCCCAGCGCAUUGAUGGGGCCAUUCAGUCCGCCAGCCAGGAGGUGACCAACCUGCGGUCAGAGCUGAGCGCCACCAGCCGCAGACUGGCCGAGCUGGGGGCAACCGACUCUGCCAGCGUGCUUGAGACCCUGCAGCACAACCACAAUGAUCCCUCUUCCCACCCGAGGCAGAAGCCGCCAGCCACUGACCUCUGCUACAAGACUGAAAUCAGCAGUCUAAUGGACUUCAACUCCCCGGAUGCUACUCUGGACAAAGUCCUGCUGCGUGAGGAGGUGGCCCAGCUCCAGGAGGAGGUGCACCUGCUGCGGCAGAUGAAGGACAUGUUGAGUAAGGACCUGGAGGAGACCCAGGGCGGCUGCUCGGCCGACGUGCUCUCCGCCACCGAGCUCCGCGUGCAGCUGGCCCAGAAGGAGCAGGAGCUGGACAGAGCCAAGGAGGCUCUGCAAGCCAUGAAGUCGGACCGUAAGCGUCUGAAGGCGGAGAAAGCAGACCUGGUGAACCAGAUGCAGCAGCUUUAUGCCACACUGGAGAGCCGGGAAGAGCAGCUCCGCGACUUCAUACGCAACUAUGAGCAGCACAGAAAAGAGAGCGAGGAUGCGGUGAAGGCACUGGCCAAAGAGAAGGACCUGCUGGAGAGAGAGAAGUGGGACCUGCGGCGGCAAACCAAGGAAGCCACGGAGCACACGGGGAUGCUGCGCUCCCAGCUCGACCUCAAGGAGAACCGCAUAAAGGAGCUGGAGGCUGAACUGGCCAUGAUGAGUAACUGUGUCAAUCAGAGAAUGGAGUACCGGAUGUUUGAGCGGGUUGCAGACAGGGACUACUCGCCUAGGGUCAUGGCGGCCAAACAGUCACUAGCCACCCUGACCAAGGACGUGCCCAAGCGUCACUCCCUGGCCAUGCCCACGGAAACGGUUGUCAACGGCAACAACCAGGAGUGGGUGAUGCAUGCUGACCUUCCCCUGACUGCUGCCAUCAGACAGAGUCAGCAGACCCUCUAUGUCCACACGGGGCAUCCCACUGACAGACAAGUGGCUGCCGUGCGGGUGAGCCCAUGCCACUUGCGUCAGCCUUCCGUCAUCUCCGACGCCUCGGCCGUGGAGGGAGACCGGUCAUCCACACCCAGUGACAUCAACUCACCACGCCAUCGGACUCACUCCCUCUGCAAUUCCCUAGAAGAUCUGGAGGAGGCGAAGCGUAAGAAGAAGAAAGAGAAGAUGGGGUUGGGCUCUCUGUCGCGGGUCUUCGCCCGGGGAAAGCAGCGCAAGUCCCUCGACCCUGGUUUGUUUGAUGGUACUUCAACGCCUGAUUAUUACAUAGAGGAAGAUGCAGACUGGUAAA